AUGACCUACCGUUCUAUCUCUCACUAUUUCCUGGAUCGCCUUUCAGUUUGGGAACUGCAAAAGCUUGAAAAGAUUGCCAAGGGGUUGUCCGGGAAAGUCGUCACGUUUGCUUCCACAUGCAGUGGAAUUGCCAGUGCAGGCCCAUGCAUCCAGGGCUUGCUCAAAGCCAUCAACGAUCGAUUUCAAACAAAUGUGCGAGCCUCUUGCCAAUUUGCUUGUGAGAUCAACCCUCAAAAGCAAAAACUAUUGCUCGACCUGCAUCAAGAUGAUAUUGGGCACCUUUUUGCAGACGUGAAGUCCUUGCAGCAUGAGACGGCUUUCUGUUUGCGUGAGCAAAGACAGGUGAAGUUUCCCAAGGUGUUCCUGCUUAUCGCGAGUCCUAGCUGUAUCAACCUGUCUGGGCAGCGAGUGGACCGAGCAAGCUAUGCCUCAUGCUACGAGGAUCCGGGCAACUCUGAAUCAGGAGAAACAUAUGUGCACGGCUACAGAGAUGCUCUUCAGAGUCUAGAAGCAAAGGUUUCAGCCUUUGAGAAUGUCAAAGAUGUAGCGCACUACUUGACAGACAAGAACAAUGUCCGACAGAAGCCAGCAAUUGAGACUGAGUUAAGUGAGCGAGGUCACGCUUUUGAGUAUGUGAAGGUUUCCAGCAGUAGUUUCCUGAUGCCGCAGCGCCGGGAGCGCGUGUGGGGAUCAAGCUGUUUUGGGGAGAAUGCUCAGCAAUAUGAAAUGAAGAUGAGGAUCACCAUGCAACGGUUCCAGUCUCCGAACCACUUCCCGCUAUCAUCCAUACUAGAUGACGCUUUGCCUGCUGAAGAUUUGCCCAAAGGUGAGAAUAUGGCCAAGCACGUUGCUACUAUUCAGAAGACCUGCGAAGAUCGGGGAAUACCACUAGCAAAGGUCACCUUUGACACGUCUACCAGCAAGAGCCGUCACCCCGAAUGGGCAUUUGAUGUUUUGACCUGUGUGAGACCCUCCCACAAGAUAUGGGCAUUUGGGGCCCACCGUCAUGUCCGUGGCCAUGAGAUGCUGCUGGCCCAUGGUCUGUAUGCCAACGAGUUCAAAAAUCCAGAUGCCAUCUUGUCCAUGGAACCAGCGCUGGCCCAUGACAUUGCUGGAAACGCCUUUACGACUAGCAUUCUCAUUGCCAAAGUGCUUGCCACAAUGGUCAAUGGACAAGCUUGGGAGAAAUUGGCCGACGUCGUGCAAACGGCUUCUGCAGGGCUUCUUGGAGCUGCCGCGAAGCGACAAAUGACAUCUGGUCAUGGUGAAUCUGGUGAACCUCAGACAGCAGGCAGUUCAGCAACACCACAGGCACAUCCUUCCUCAGAGAAGCCACCAAAGAAGCAAAAGAAGUCAAUCUUGCCAACCAGAGGCAAGAAAAGGAACUGUCCUGAGCAGCCCGAGCCAAAUGAUCCGGGACAAGAGCCAGAGCCAGAGGAACCUGCUCGCAAGUCUAAGAAAACUGGGAAGAACUUGAAGGGCGGUGUUUUGACUAUAGCCAAGAAAAUGGAGAUACUUGCGAAGUAUGAGGAGCUGCAGCAAAAGAAUGUUAAGCAUCCGGAAAAGGACCGGGAGUUGAUUGCGCUGAAGUUUCCAGGCUACUAUCAAGGCGCAGCUGGCAAAUGGCUGAAAUCCAAAGAAAAGUAUUGCUGGCAGACCUUGAUGGAGAAAUGUCCUUCAAUAUGUGCCAAGUAUGAUGAGGUGCCAAACUGGCUCCGAUCCCGGAUGGACAUCAACCAGGUGAAGGGGCCUGGUCACACAAAGAUUGUCAGCGACAUCUAUGAUGUGGUGGACCAAAUCCUUAUGCAAGCCACCCGGGAGGGGUUGGAGCUCAAUGUGACAUCCAUCGAGGAGGUUUUGUCAGACAGCCUCGAAGCUAAUGCAGUGGUCAGCAAAUGGCGAUCUGAACGUGAAGCAGCUGAUCUGAAAGCUGUUGAGAAUUUGACCGCGUCUGGGGCUACAGAAGCCGAGGUGAAGCAGCUGGUGAGCAAACAAGAGGCCCUCAAGGCCGCCUGGCCUGCCCCGGUUCGCUUGGGCAACACGGCGCGAUCCAUCAACCAAUUGGCCUUGAACUUUGCAGAGAAGUAUGGGUUUUCAAUGUUUGCACAAUCCAAGCCAACUAGACAUCUCCAACGAGACCAUCCUCAAGUGCAGCACGUGAUGGAUUUUAUCCAAAUGACCAUUCGCAAUGGCGAGGUGGAUGAAAGAUUGGUGCUCAACUUUGAUCAAGGCACCAUGUCACCUGCUGAAAUGGAGAAGGUCAAUGACGACUACAAGGGUAUCCUAGUUUGCGAAUCCUCAGGCACAGACACACACAUGUGGUCAGGCCCAACCUGUGUGAGGUUUCUGGAUCAUUUGACAGUGGAGAUUCGGAAACAACGACAGAAGCUUGGGAAGGACCACAGCGCUCGGGUGAUGGUCAUAGCAGACAAAUGCACGAGCCACUUGUCCCGCACAUUCUUAGAUAUGAGGAGAACCUGGGCAAAGGAACAGAACUGCCUGAUUCUGGGCCUCGAUCCGGAGGCAGAUGUGCAAAUUCCGGGAGGUUGGAGCUUGAGCUGCAGCCCCAAUGACGGGUGGCAUGGACACUUUCAUCUUCUGCGCAUGGCUUUUAUGCGCAGUAGCUUAGGCCUUCCCCUCAAUCCAAUCUUCCGCAAAGAGAUGGAAGAGUAUGAAAUAGGACCUCAAGGUGGACUACCUCAAGUUUCCUGCCCGCUGGAAACAUCGUUGGCAGCAGAUGCAUGGGCGCUUUCUCAGAUCUCCCGGUACCGCUGUGGCAAGGUUAUUCUGGGGGCUUGGCUUUCGAGGGGGUACAUGUCACCAGAGACAGCUGCCAAGUGGCACUUUGACGGAGAUACCUCAGCCCUUGAGGAGCACAUGAAAAGUACCCGGGGAGCAUAUCGUGACCUCUUGCGCUUGAAGGAGAUGCCCUCUUUGGACAAAAGUGCAUACAGACUGGCAUGGCAACAAGCAACCGUACCUUUGCAGGGUGAAAAGAUGCACUGUUGGUAUGUCAAGACUGAAAGCGCAGAGCCACUACAAUUGCCUCGGUUCUUCAACACCGCUCUAGAGGUAGUGAUGUCCCAAUGGAUGGAAUUGAGGAGGAAAUGGGAUGGUGCCAUUGCCAAACGAGCGAAACUUGGCAGAGCAUUAACUCCAUCGGCGGCAAAGGCAUACCAGUCCUUCCUUGAUGCACCCUACAGGAAGCUGGUCUUGGACUUGCAAAGCAAGGUGGUUGUGGCCCGCCCAUCGGGAGCAUCUUCUGGGACUGUGAAAACCUGCCUUGCUCUUGAAGUCAAGAUGUCCCUAGACCCAGCCCACCUGGCCCUUCGCUUUGGUCAGGGUCCCUUUUAUCAUUUGUUUGUCAGAGAGUUCGAGGUCUUGGAGGCACGCGUGCUACAAUAUGACAUUUCGGUGAUGUUAGCUGGUAGCAGGAAUAUCACCAAAACAUAG